GAAUUUUAUAAAACAAUGAUGACAACAACCAGUAUGGGACGCAAUUUCUUUGAGAAGCUCUUCAGUUUUCGAUCUUCCGAUUCCACAUUGGCAACAACAACAACAACACACCAUCAUCAGCAGGGCUUAAAUGCAACAGCCGGACAAAACAAUCAAUUAAAAUCGAAUACAACCAAUAAUGCAACAACAGCGUCUACUACAAAUAACAACACCAACAGUAGUGGCGGCCUAAACAGUCAUCAACGUCUACCAUUUUGUGGUUUAGAUUCCAUUAAAGGAAGUGACAAUAAUGGUGGAGAUGGCUCGAUUGGUGGCAAUAACACCAAUUCCAGUGGUGGUGGUAGUGGUGUUGCGACUGCAGGCGGCAAAACCAAUUUAAGUUUUGAUCUGAAUCGACAAAACGGCAACUCUUCAACAUCAACACACAUGGCAGCAGUUCACAACAACAUGAUGUCACAUGACAAUGCCUCGGAACAGUUUCAUUCACUCGAUGCCACCGAUAGCUGUGGUGAUGGCCAGUUUGAAGAUGAUAUGCAAGCCUUGCUGCCAAAAUGUUCUCGGCUAUCUAGAGAUGAACUAAGUCAGUCCCGUACAUCUCUUGUUUCGAGUUCAGAUGGCGGCAUUUUGGCCGAGGGUGAAACAUCAAGUGAAACUUCCCGUGGCUCGGAUGAUGAUUCGCCUCCCUGUGAUUUGGGUCUGGUGGAGCGUUUGCUGUUGACACAUCCAGUGUGGUUUUUACCCGGCAUUCAACGUUCGGGUGCCGUUCAUUUUCUGCAAGGCAAAGAAGAAGGGAACUUUAUCGUACGCGGUUCAAGCCAACCCAACACCAUGGCAGUUUCAGUGCGCCUACCACCCGAUACUGGACCAUAUAUCGAACACUAUUUGAUACAAUCCAAUGAAGGCAUCCUCUGUCUGGAGAGUUCUCGUUUUAAAUUCGAUUCGAUACCCUCGUUGAUAGCUCACUAUGCUCAGUGCUGUGAUGAGUUGCCCGUUCAGCUGGUCUUGCCACGGGCACUUAGAGAGGCUAAAAAUCGUCAACAGCUAUCAUCACUGGCAUUGUUGGGUCAAGAAUUCUGGCGUUAUCCCAUGUCUUGCCCUAAAGAAAAAGAGGCUACUUUUCUCGACGCCAAAUCGCCGAAUUCUAUCACCGAAACAAGCGGCAUUGGCACAACCAUUUUUAGCAACUCGGGUGGCAGUUCCAGUGCAACGGGUGUCAAUCAAAACAGUAAAGUGUUCAGUCCCAUUAGCAAUAUAACUAGUAUUUUUAGCCAGGCUGGAACACCCUCAGAUACCACAUCCAGUAUGAGUUCGUUUACCACCAGCGGUGGUCAACACAUGCAGCUAAUGAGUCCCGAAUCCGUAGACUCAGUUAUUCUCACAAUGUCUCCCGUUGACAUCAACAACCAACGGAAUGGCAUUUUAGGUCUUGGCAAUAAUCCAGCGGACAAUUUCAAGACUUCCUCGAACAAUCUAUCCACAUUCAAAUCGAAUGCCCUGCAAAAUUCUCAACAAAAUAAUUUUAAGAACUCAACGAAAAAUAUAAUGGAGCAAGAAAUACGAACACAAAGACCCAAGCCGCCGAACACCUUGAAUUUGGACUUGCGAAAGCCAGCUCCAGCUCCACCAAUGAGAUGGUCCAAACCGCUUUCACCCAACAGCCCACAACCUCCAACGGACAUAAAUGGUCUGAAUGCUGCCAAUAAUUUUACCGUAACCACUACAGUGACAUUCUCCGUAGACAACGCCAAUGCUCCCCAAUUCGUUGAAGUGACAACACCAGCUGCCAAUAACGCAUUGACAUCGGUCAUUAACUCCAAUACCACUUUCCAAACAUUCUCCAAACGCCUAUCGCCCGAAGGUGAAUGCAAAGACACAUUGUCGUCACAGGGUUCGUCGGGCGGUAGCAGAUGGCAGUCUCACAGCAGCAAAGACUCGAAUAGUAGCCAACGAAAUAUACUAUCGCCAAGUACACCCACAAAUGCCACUGCUGGUGGAAAAUCUCGCAAAUCAAAGUCUCGAAAGGAAUCUAAACAUUAUCAGGAAUCGGAUAUUUUGGAAAGUCCGGAAAUUUAUUGUCGCAGUACUUUGCACGAUAAAAUCAGCGAUUAUGAAGACUUGUGGUCCCACGAUCCCAGUGACAGGACUGGGCUUUUGACCAGCUUUAAGCCACCACCAGAUGGUCAGCAGGGAAAGAGACCCGAUUUAUUAGCGGAAACACCUUCAGUUACCUCUUCCUCGAAUACGAAUACCACAACACCUGCCGUAAACUCUUGCCCGCCUCUAUCACACAAUGCCGACCCGCUUACCACAAUGUCUUCCGAGACAACUUCAGACACUCAACAGUUAUUGAAAUUUUCCGAAGAUUCCAAGCCUCGUUCGAGAGCUGGUCUUAUCUUGCCCGGUCUCAUGAGUCAAUCCCUAUCCGAAGAUCAAGUCUUCAAAUGUGAAACAACAGAGGGUGAUACAACACCUACUGCCCAGACCCCAGUGUCACGCAGUAAACAGGGUAGUCCUUUCUAUGCUGAACCCGCUGAUGCACUGAAACAAGCUGGUCUAACUACCGCCAGUAUUUUAAGACGUUCCCAACGUGGACCCCUACUACCCGCAAAUCAUCGCCAUUCGGAACCACCAAAAGGUGGAUUUGUGCGCACACCAAUGUGUCCACUAUUGGUACCGGCUGAAAUAGAAAAAAUCGCUGGUAGUCUGGACGAGUUGAAAAAGAAGCAACAGCAACAAUCACAGCAGCAGCAACAACAACAACAACAGACCCAGCCCCAACAGCAGCCAUCAAAAAGAGCAAGAGGACGAUUUGAACAAUGGCAAUUGGAUAGCAGUUGGGAAUUUAUGGCAAAGGGCGAUGAUAAUAAUGGUGAAUACGGAGAUUAUGAUUCGGCUGAACAAUGGAAAGAUGUCAAUGCUUCGGACAAUCCGAACAAAGAGAAUUCUCUAAAUCGUGAGGCCAACAAAGAAAACAAACAGAAACCCUUGACAAUACAUCAAAUUAUUGCCAAGAGAUUACCUGAUCUGAACUUGCCGGAAUUAGUGAGAUGUUCUACGCCACCGCAACAACAACAACAACAGCAGCAUCAACAACACCAACAAAAUGGCAAUAAUAAACAUCUCAACGAAUUGAAUGGCAGUCAGAAAUCCUUUGAAUCGUCACAAAAUAACACUUGUCGACUCUCUUCGUACGACAAUGUGGAACGUAACUAUGCCCUUAGCCAAUGUUUCUUUAAUGGCUUGGAUUCAGCGCAAUCAGAUGAUGGUACAGUAUUCUCAGAACCAUGGGAUUCAUCACAAUGGGAUUCGUUUAUGCCACAUGAUGAUGCCACUAUUAAUUCGGAUACCAUACAUUUGUCGAAAUGUCGACCACUACUUUCCGAAGAUGAUACCAUUAUCGAAGAGCUCAGUACCAAAGAACUUAACAAUCAAGACACAUUGAAGCCGAAAAAGACAAAUAGCAAACAUGCCACAAUUCUAAGAAAUCCUAGUAUACGAGAUCGGGAGAUUUUAUGUCACCCACGCAAUAAAAUCAACAUAUACAAUGGUGGUCCCGGCGAUACUGUACGGGAUUAUACUCUGCUGUUGGCCACCGACCAGGGAACUACUUUUGCUCGCAACAUUGAAAAUUUUAUUUCUUGUACCAAGGAAUCGCGCGAAGCAGCUCCCCAGGUGGUGAUGCGUAACAUGCGUCAGUUUAUGAAUGGCAUGAAGAACUAUCUGGUUAAGCACGGCGAAGGCAAAUUCCAUCAAGAAGUUGAAGCAGCUCGCUCUCGUCUUAAAUCGGAUGAAUUCCUCAAUUUGGAUGCCAUUCUGGAAACUGUGAUGCAUCAAUUGGUUGUACUGCCACUGAGAGAGCAUUUAUAUGGAAUGUUCGUAGAUUACUAUACCAGAUCUGAGGACAUCCAAUUACUGGCCCAGAAUGUAAAAUAUGCAUGUGGCCGUGCUGCCAGUGAUUUUGGUAUUAGAUCAUCUGUUACCCCACCCUCGCCAACUUCGUUACAAGUAAUAUCAAAUCUAUUGUUACGCCUGCAAGAGGCUGAAUUGCCGUUGGAGAAAUUAGAAUUAUUCCUUUGUGUUAUUUCGACCAUUUUCGAUGCGACUGGUUGUCCUCGAGGACAGCAAUUGGGUGCCGAUGACUUUUUGCCCAUACUGGUUUAUGUUGUGGCCAAAUGUGGUUUUGUUGGAGCCGAAAUAGAAGCGGAAUUUAUGUGGGGUCUAUUGCAACCUACGCUCUUAAAUGGAGAGCCUGGCUACUAUUUGACCGCCUUAUGUAGCGCUGUACAUGUCUUGAAAAGUUUUAUGGCAUCGGAGAAUGAAAGUGGUACUGGUUCUUUAGAUUGGCGUUCUUCUUCUUUGCCGGCAUGUUCUUCUGUGUUAAGGGUAAUCAUACCCGAUGAAUGUAAUGGAUCGUUACAAACUCGUACUUUGCCAGUUAGACCGCAUACCACUACCCGUGAAGUGUGUCGGAUCAUAGCCCACAAGGCACGCAUAACCAAUCCCCAAGACUAUGCCCUCUUCAAAUUGGUAGAUGGCGAAGAAACGCUGCUCAACGAUACCGAAUGCCCACAAGAUAUACGACUGGCAGCCAAGGGAAAACACUGCAUGCUGGCCUAUAAACGCAUCGAUGCCAAAAUAGCAUGGCCAACAACUGCCCAGCCAAAUUUCAAUUAGACACAAAAUGGAUUCAAGCCACUCCAGCAUUGAAACAUGACUUAAUUAUUUAUAUAAUUCCCUUAUACAAUUUUAAUAUGUUUAAGCCUUGAAUAUUUG